UAACCGGAGAGGACAAGAGCAGAAGGCACUAUGAGUGGGGGUCCUGUGGGGAGCAGGUCUGGGGGCCGAGGGGGACCAACAGCUCAGCAGAACAUUCCCUCCACCCUCCUCCAGGACCAUGAAAACCAGCGACUCUUCGAGAUGCUUGGCCGAAAAUGCUGGACACUGGCCACUGCAGUUGUUCAGCUGUACCUGGCGCUGCCCCCUGGAGCUGAGCAUUGGACCAUGGAACACUGUGGGGCUGUGUGCUUCGUGAAGGAUAACCCCCAGAAGUCCUACUUUAUUCGCCUUUAUGGACUUCAGGCUGGCCGGCUGCUCUGGGAACAGGAACUGUACUCGCAGCUGGUUUACUUCACUCCCACCCCCUUCUUUCACACAUUUGCUGGAGACGACUGCCAAGUGGGGCUGAACUUUGCAGACGAGGGUGAGGCCUUGGCCUUUCGGACCCUGGUGCAGGAGAAGAUACAAAAAAGGAGUCAGAGGCAAAGUGGAGCUGCAGACAGACGUCAGCUACCUCCACCACCAGCACCAGCUAAUGAAGAGAGAAGAGGAGGGCUCCCACCCCUGCCCCCACAUCCGGGUGGAGACCAAGGUGGCCCACCAGCUGGCCCACUGUCCCUGGGGCUGGUGACAGUGGACAUCCAGAACCCUGAUAUCACAAGUUCACGAUAUCGUGGGCUCCCGGCACCUGGCCCUGGCCCAGCUGAUAAGAAACGUUCAGGGAAGAAGAAGAUCAGCAAGGCUGAUAUUGGUGCCCCCAGUGGAUUCAAACAUGUCAGCCACGUGGGCUGGGACCCCCAGAAUGGAUUCGAUGUGAACAACCUAGAUCCAGAUCUACGGAGCCUCUUCUCCAGGGCAGGAAUCAGUGAGGCUCAGCUCACUGAUGCAGAGACCUCCAAACUUAUUUACGACUUCAUUGAGGACCAGGGUGGUCUGGAGGCUGUGAGACAAGAGAUGAGACGUCAGGAACCGCUUCCACCACCCCCACCACCAUGCCGAGGAGGGAAUCAGCCCCCGCGGCCCCCUAUGGUGGGGGGUAACAAGGGUCGAUCUGGUCCAUUGCCCCCUGUACCUUUGGGGGGUGCCCCACCCCCACCAACCCCCAGGGUACCCCCACCCCCAGGCCGAGGGGGCCCACCACCACCACCUCCUCCAACCACUGGACGUACUGGACCACCACCUCCUCCGCCCCCUGGAAUUGGGGGGCCUCCCGCGCCACCCCCACCACCGCCACCCCCACCCCCACCACCCAGCUCAGGGGUUGGGCCAGUCCCUCCCCCAACUCCUCCUACUCUGGUGCCUGGCGGGGGGCUGGCCCCUGGUGGGGGUCGAGGGGCACUUUUGGAUCAAAUCCGGCAAGGAAUUCAGCUGAACAAGACCCCUGGGGCCAUAGAGAGCUCAGCACUGCAGCCACCACCUCAGAGCUCAGAGGGGCUCGUGGGUGCCUUGAUGCAUGUGAUGCAGAAGAGAAGCAGAGCUAUCCACUCUUCAGACGAAGGAGAGGACCAGGCCGGGGAUGAAUUUGAAGAUGAUGAAUGGGAUGACUGAACUGCCCUCAGAGUUCCUGCAACCCAGUGGCUCCCACUCCACCUGUUCUGUGCCCACCCCUGUAGCCCAGGUCCCUCCACUGUCAGCUUCCUGUCGCCUAGUCUCCAAUGCUGUCAUCCUUGACGGGUCUCCUCCACACUUGCCCUAGAGACACCUGGGCCCUUUAUUUUUUUUUUUAACAAAAUUUCUUACUUCUCUUCACUCAAGGAUUUUUAAACA